AUGGCACGUCGACUCAAUUGCCCGUUGCUGUCGCGCGGCGAAUUGCUCAAUCUUGACUUUGACUUUGCAAUGGUCUUCAGCCGGCACCCGGAGAUGGCGGCGACCGCCCGAAUGAUCAUCGACAAAGGACGGCCAUUCCUGAUCGAAAAGCCUUGUGGGCUGAACACAGCCGAAGUCGCUGCACUCCUUCAAGCAGCGGAUAAAGCUGGCAUCUUCGUCACUGUCCCGUUUAUUCUGCGUGUGAGCGACCUGGCACGCGAGCUUAGUCAAAACGGAUCGCUAUCGCCUGCUGGUUUUCGACAUUUGUCAUUCCGCUUUAUUGUCGGAUCGUCCAGUCGGUACGAAACAAAUGGCUGCAAAUGGAUGCUUACAAAAGCUACGGCCGGUGGUGGGUCCAUUCUCAAUGUCGGCGUGCACUUUUUCGAUCUUCUGGAAUCACUGACCGAAAGUCGAAUAAUCUCGGUUUCGGCACAAACGAGGACAUUCCGCGAAGACAUUGACAUUGACGAGUUGGCUAUGUUCACAGUAACCAUGUCUUCUGGUCAAAUUGCCCAUGUACAUACAGGAUAUCUGUACCCUGGCACGCCGGAUGACCAGCGCGAGUUCGGCUUUUCGGUCUCUCACGAUACUGCAUAUGUCCAGGGAUUCGCUGACCAGAUUGUCGUAAAGUCUGCUGACGGCGUGUCGCGGUCCGCAACUGUCGAGUACAACACCGACGAGUUCUAUCCCAUAUUCUUCCGGGACGCGCUCGCUCGUUGCCGCGCAGGCCAGCGGCCGCUUGUCGGUCUCGAGGAGGCGCAACGUGCAUUGUCUGUCGUCGAGGCGGGAUAUCGUUCAGCUCAGCAGGAUGGCGCUUCAGUUGCAGUGUCGCUGAUUUAG